AUGAUUCUCCACAGUCGCCGUCUCCCUCAUCAUGCCGAAUGGUAUAUGUUUGCUUUUGAUAAUAACUAUUUCUUUGUCGAGCGUCUAGUCAAAGAGUUAUCUAAAUUUGAUUCGCAUUUACCAAUUUACACGAUCCUCCGAGAUUCGAGCACACGGAUUCCUCACAAACCGGUUCUUAUUCUAUCUCGUUUUGCUAUGAACACAUUUUAUGAUCUACAAGAAGAAAAUUGCUCCGAUGAUGCAGAAAGUGUGGAGGAAUGGUUGACGUCGUGCAUAUCGAUCCCUCCGAUCACUUUUUCAAUUGAUAAGAAAAAGAAGAGUCGAAUCUUCGCCAUAAACCGACACUUCCAAGUUGAUGAAAUGAAGUCAAUGCCCAUCGGAUAUCAUGAUGAUAAAGAAUACAUCCAUGGUCAUUCGAAAUCUCUUCUCUCUUUCACCAACCUCACAAUUGACGACAUGAAGCUGCUUUCAGUUUUUGUGGAUAAAGUGCACGGAGGAUCUAGGAAUCGGAUUAAAAUAGAAAAGACGAAAAACUAUUUGUAG